CGGCCUAUUGGGUUCCUUUUUUUCUACUUUCACUUUCCGUCCUCUUUCUCUCUCUCUCUCUCUCUCUCUUCUUUUCCUUUUCCCCCCCCUUCCCUUUCUUCUCAUCAUGGCUUCAACUGAGGCGUAUGUGUACACCAGACAAGAGUUUGCCGUACUUACGCAGGACGCAAAGGACGGCAAACCCGACGCUCGACAGUAUAUCAUCAUUGACAAUAAAGUAUACGAUGUCACUGAAUUUGUCGAAGACCACCCUGGCGGUGCGGAUGUCUUGUUGACGCAUGUUGGCAAGGAUGCUUCGGAUGUUUUUCACGCUAUGCAUCCCGAAUCAGCCUACGAAACUCUUGCCAACUGCUACGCCGGAGACAUUGAACCUGCACCAUCACAGCUCCAAAACAGCGAGUUUGCCACCGAGAUGCGAGAACUCCGCGACAAGCUUGAAGGCGAAGGCUAUUUCAACUCGAGCCAUCUGUUUUACCUCUACAAGGUCGUAUCGACCCUCGGUUUAUGCGCCACGGCAUUCGUCAUGCUGUACUUGUGGGGCAAAACGUCGACAUUGGCCGUCCUCGGCGCUGGCUUUUUAGUCGGUCUGUUCUGGCAGCAGUGUGGCUGGCUCGCUCACGAUUUCGGCCAUCACCAGUGCUUCAAGGAUCGAACGCUCAACGAUAUUGUGGUAGUCUUUUUGGGCGAUUUCUGCCAAGGCUUUUCCUUGUCGUGGUGGAAGAACAAGCACAACACCCACCAUGCAUCGACCAACGUCAGCGGUCACGAUCCCGAUAUCGACACAGCCCCGGUUCUGUUGUGGGACGAAAUUGCCUCUGCCAACUAUUACGGAUCUUUGCAGGACGACGCCUUUUCCCGAUUCAUGGCUGAAAGCGUCUUGCCUUACCAAACCCGCUACUUUUUCUUCGUCCUCGCUUUCGCUCGCUUUUCUUGGGCCAUUCAAUCCGUUUUGUACAUGCUUAACGAAGGCGCCUUGAACAAGUCUAAAAAGCUGUGCUUUUUUGAACGUGCCUGUUUGUUUGCCCAUUGGGCCCUCUUUACCGGCGCUGCCGUUCUUUGGAUCGGUACGAUCAGAAACAUGCUCCUAUUCUUCUUUGUCAGCCAGACCGCCACAGGUUAUCUGUUGGCCAUCGUGUUUGCCCUGAACCACAAUGGCAUGCCGGUCAUUAGCCAGGAAAAGGCCGAGACAAUGGAGUUUUAUGAAAUCCAGGUGGUCACGGGUCGUGAUGUCAUCCUGGGUGCUUUGGGCGACUGGUUUAUGGGUGGUCUGAACUAUCAGAUCGAACACCAUGUCUUCCCCUCCAUGCCCCGUCACAACCUCGCCAAGGUCCGUCCUAUGGUCAGAUCGAUUUGCAAAAAGUAUGGCGUCAACUACCACGAAACCUCGUUCCUCCAGGGCACCGUGGAAGUCCUGAACGCCCUUGAUAUUGUACAGAAACUGUCGCUUCGACUAUCCAAAAAAUCCUUUUAGAUAUUCUCAAAUUUAAUAUUAUCCCCCUGCCCCUUCAUCCAUCCUACUUUAUAUUAAAGACGCGCCAUCCUCCCCCUCAUACUCAACCCGUCCGUCUCUUGUUCCGCCACGUUCUUGCGUUUCGUUUUUCUCUACUUUCGCUUCUUGUAUCUCACCGUAAAAAACAAAAACAAAAAGGCAUUCUACAUACUAUAUAUAUACACACACACCUCUCAUUUAAACACACAGAAUCUUUGUUUUCUAGAUGAUUUCCCCCCUUUUAUUUUUUUCCGUUGUCAAAGUAUAAAUAUAUUGGUCUG